GUACUCCUUGUGUGGGAAGCUCUGCUCUACCAAUACCCAGCUGGUGACCUGGGCUUGGGCUCUCUUCCUUUUGUAAAAUGUAGAUGAAGAUGUCUGCCGUGUACAUCCCUGGUGAGUAUAGAAUUCCCGAAGACAGGUGAAGCGUUUGGCAUACGGUAAACGCUAUUCAUAGUAAAGGCAGCUGAGGACUGUUCUCUAGAGUGUAGAGAUGAGUGGGGCAGGCCAUCUGAAAUUCAUUAAUUCUGUCUGGGAAGAGCGAGCAGUGUGAAGACCCUGCCUGGGAAGGCGUGCACACAAGGGAGGGCCGAGGGCCUGCGCGGGGGCUGUAAACAGGGGCGGGCUGUUGUCGCUGUGCUGUGUCGGCUCCCACCGCUGCGAGAGACUGUGUCCCUGGAUGUCACCGGGCGCCCGCACAGAUAGGGACCUGCUUCGAAGUGCGUGUGCGUGUCACGGCUUAAAAAUAGCUGCGAUCCACCUGCGCGCCAGGGCGGCGGCGCAGCGGCGGGGGCCGCGAGGAAGCCAUGGGCAGCGGGCUGCGGGAGCCCGCAGACCACCUCGGGAUCUGAGACCCUCACGACAAAGAGGAGGAACAGUUCCGAGGACAGCGGCUCCCUGCUUCUGCUCUUCCUCCAUCAUCCCUUAGGCAGCAGAAUCUAUUCUGGAAACGGUUGCUGGGUGGAGAGGAUGGGUCUUUGAGCCCCAGGAGGAGAGGUAGGUGCUGAGGGGUAGUGAUGGUGGUGGUGGAGGUGGUGAUCGGCUGUAGUGCUAGAUUUCUGUGCUUCUUCUAAACAAACCGUUGAAACCCUUUCUGUCCCUGAACUCCUGAAGAAGGAUUCGUGGUCGUUUGCUAGUCGCGAUCCCACUGUCCCUGUUUGUGGUAUGUUCUGAGACACUGGUGUCUCUUGCCCCUGGGAGAUGGGAGAGCUGUGCCUGGCUGAGAGGGUGGGAUGGGAUCACUGUGUGACCGUGGGCCAAGAUGGCUUCUUAUGGCUAGACAUUCAGCUGAGGCCCCUAAGAGAGACAGCAGCCGAGGGAAUGGGAGGGAAGGCUGCAGGUCAGCCCACCCUUCCAAACCUGCAGGACCAUAACUGGAAGUGAAGACACGGUGUCUUCCACAGUUGUCUGCCUGCCCAAAUGUCCUAGCCUCAAAGGCAGUCUCUUCCAGCUGUGAGAGUCAAAGCAGGAACCCAGUUUCCCAAGCUCCUGCUCUCCACAGGUACUCUGAGGCGCACCUGCUAGGCCCCUUAGAGCUGAGCCUGCUCCGUGUGCCGUGCAGGGUCAAUUGAUUCCAGCAGUAACAAAAGACGACGAUGAUGAACCUCCAGGCUGUGCCUGGGCCUGCAGGAUCCCUCAUUCUCCCCACCCCACUUUCUCCCCUUUCGUCUCCCACUUCUACCCCACCCCCCCACCAGACACAGACACAAAGCUCCAACCCUGCUUUGACUCAGAAUCAUCUCCUUCGAGCUGAGGUUCAGUCAGGGGAGGUGCUCCUCCCACUCACGGACUUGAGUGCAUAGAUUGAAGCCUUCUUCCAUCGGCUCUUACAUUCAGCAAAUAUCUUCCCAAACUCACUUUUUCCUCUUUUUAACCAUUCCUUUCUCUCACCCUCCCAAUAUCUUUCCCCAUGACAAGCUUUUCUUUGAGACAGGCAGGGCAGGGAUGGGUUAAGGUACUUCAUCUCUCUGGCACCCAGGAGACAUAUCUGGCAUAUGUCAUGGUCCCAGCUGCUGUUAUCGUCCUGAUGAUUCUCUCUGGAUGGCUCUCCAGCCACCUCCAUCCCCACCCCAGCUUCCUAGACUCUCCCCUCUAUAACCCCAGGCAGAUGAGACCCAGAUUUAGGCUGGCAAGUGUCCUGGUAGGGUGUAGACACACCAAAGUGUCCAGUGUGUGUGUGUCUGUGCAAUUCGGUGUUUGCUGGCAGUGGGGGUGGGGCGACGGAGGAGAAACCCAUCAGCUGAGCAGCUUCUUCUUCCCGUAAACAAGAACAUGUGACUCCCACCUCCUGGUGUGCCAGAGCCAGAGCUUACUGGAAGGACCCACAGCAGCUUGAGAAAAGAGGCAAUUGAGCUCCCGGGCUAGCCUUGCCUUCUCUCAGCUAAGAAUGUGCCCACCCCAAACCACCCCCGAGCGCCCCAAACCCCCUAAGGGCCCAGCCCUGUGGGAAGGAAAGAAAACAGCUGUUCCGAACUCCACUCAAGUGUGCCUGGCACCCUUUUCCUUCCAGCAACAGCUACCUGGCCGCCGAGGCCAUCAUCGCUGAAGCCACCCCACAGCGGCCCUAGUUCCUGCCCCCUUGAAGAUGUGCCCCGGUAACGGGCUGUGGGCCUCCAUGACUUUUAUGGCCCGAUUCUCCCGAGGCAGCUCAAGGUCCCCUGUUCGUACCCGAGGAAGCCUGGAGGAGAUGCCACCUGUUCACCAUCCCUUCCUCAACGUCUUUGAGUUGGAGAGGCUCCUCUACACGGGCAAGACAGCCUGUAACCAUGCCGACGAGGUCUGGCCUGGCCUCUACCUUGGAGACCAGGACAUGGCCAAUAACCGCCGUGAGCUCCGGCGCCUGGGCAUUACCCAUGUCCUCAACGCCUCACACAGCAGGUGGCGAGGCACCCCUGAGGCCUACGAGGGACUGGGCAUCCGCUACCUGGGUGUCGAGGCCCACGACUCGCCAGCCUUUGACAUGAGCAUCCAUUUUCAGACCGCUGCGGACUUCAUCCAUCGGGCACUGAGCCAGCCAGGAGGGAAGAUCCUGGUGCACUGUGCUGUGGGAGUGAGCAGAUCUGCCACCCUGGUGCUGGCCUACCUCAUGCUGUAUCACCGCUUCACCCUGGUGGAGGCCAUCAAGAAAGUCAAGGACCACCGAGGCAUCAUCCCCAACCGGGGCUUCUUGAGGCAGCUCCUAGCCCUGGACCGGAGGCUGCGGCAGGGUCUAGAGGCAUGAGGAGAAGAGGAUCAGGGCCAGGUCCCUGGGUGGUUUCCUGGCUCCCGGCUGGGAAAAGGAAGCCCAGGGGGCAGAUGGUAGGAAGGCCAGACAAUCCAUCUUCUCACAGUGAUAGGAGAGUGAAAGGCCCCCGAGGCCACUGUGGCUUUUCGUGGAUGGGGAUGGACAGCAGGCUGGGCAGUGUGGUGAGUGGGGGAAGAAAGCAUCUGGGCUUAAGUAGAAGAUGACACUGUGAUUGGGACAGCACCAGAUUCCAGAGGGGGCGCUCAACGACUCGGAAUCCCUUCCUCUCAUUCUGUUCAAGUGUUCCCUCCUCUCAUUUCCCAAACCGGAGGACCAGUGCUGUGUAGUAUCUGAGCAGCGUGUGUGUGUGUGUGGGGGGGGGGGG